CUUGUUGGGUCUCUAUAAAUUCAACUUCUGUGAAACUCUACCCCCACCCUUCUUCUUCUUCUUCUUCUUCUUCUUAACAAAACCCUAAAAUGCUAUUGUCUUUCAAUAAACUCAAGUAUCUCUAUCUAUAAAUUCAAGUACCUCUAUCUAUCUAUCGAGUGCCACACCUCAAAUAGUUUAAAAACAAAGUACUGUAAACUUCAUCUGUAUAAACAAUCCUAGAAAAUAAGAAUCAAAACUUGAGUUUCCCAGAGAAUUCUUUAUAACAUCUAAUUCACUAACCUAAAAACACGUCCACAGUUGAGUUAUAAUAAUGGCGGAAGAUUGUUGUCGCUUCCAACUGAUUAGCGGCGACGGUGUUUUAAACAUGGAACUCGAAAACUUCACGAGGACCACAAACCUCUCACAACGCGGUCUCUUCUAUGUUGUUGUUGCAAUUAUGGGCCCCCAGAGUGGCCGGAAGAGCACCCUCUUGAACAAGCUCUUUCAGACAAAUUUCAGGAUGAUGGAUGCAGAAGAAGGAAGGAGUCAAACAACCCAAGGCAUUUGGAUUGGGAAGGGUAUUGGUAUCGAGCCUUUCACAAUUGCCAUGGACGUGGAGGGAUCGGACAACGCAGGGAAAGAGGCCAAAUUUUCUGGUUCCAACAUUUGGUAUCAGAGCCUCAACACAAGGCUUAAUCAAAAGCCUUUAAGAAAACAUGAGUUCAAUGAGAAGAGUUCAUGGCGAGUGAAAGUAGUUUUGUGCAGUCAGCCAUUCUUAAGUUCGAUGGGCAUUAUGAUCAUUGGAGCAUGUUCAUGGAGAAUUUUUUGCGAUUUAAAGAAUACUGGGGAUUGGUAGAGACUGGGAUCCCUACAGCAGCAAAAGGGAUGGAUCCUAUAGAGGAACAGAGAAAGACAAUCCAGGAUCAUAGGCUAAAAGAUCUGAAGGUGAAGAACUACAUGUUUCAAGCCAUUGAUCGAUCGAUAUUGGAGACAAUCUUAAAGAAAGACACGUCAAAAGAUAUUUGGGACUCCUUAAAGUAGAAAUAUCAAGGCACGGCCCAAGUCAAACGUGCCUAGUUGCAAGCUCUUCACAAAGAGUUUGAGGUGAUUCACAUGAAAAUAAGAGAAUCAGUGAAAAUAAGAUAGGGAUUGAGAAAAUAAAAAUCCCAUUGGACACUGAUUAAAUAAGAGUUAAUAAAAAUCCUAUACUGAUUGUCACUGAAUUAAAUAAGAGUUGACAAUAUAGCCGAACAAAAUAAACCAAUGCAAUGAAUUGCUUGUCGGGCAACCAUGCUAAAUCUAUUUUUUAUUAAAAUUUAAUUUUUUAUUUUAAAAUUAUUUUAACAUGUUAAUAUUAAGAAUAAAUUUUAAAAUAAAAAAAAUAUUACACUUUCAAAGUUAAUCUUCUUUACAUUUUCAAGCACCCUCGAAUAAAAGCCGGAGUAUUAAGGCACCGUUUGGGAACGCGGCUGCGGCCGCGUUCCCAAAAAAUUUGAAAAUUUUUUGUUUUUUUUUUUUGUUAAAAUUUAAUAUGGUUUGUACGUUUUGGAUCGUUUUGAUGUGCUGAUGUCAAAAAUGAUUUUUAAAAAAUAAAAAAACAUCGUUGGCAUGCAUUUUGGCACGAAAAGUUAUUUGAAAAGCACCCACAACCACACUGCCAAACACGCUCUAAAUGGUGGAGUGACGUUUUCGUCGAGUGCAUGUGGUCGGUAGACAUAACUCUGACAAUUAAGGAUAAAAAUGAAGAACAAGUGCCAACAACGCCACUCUCUAGUUGUCACUAAAUUAAGGAUAAAAAUGACGGUGGAGGUCACUGCUUUGCCUGGCUAUGAAUUAGAGGAGGAGAAGUUUAAAGAUUAGGUAAAUUAAUUGUUUUCAACUGAUGGAUUGUGUUGUAGCAUGAUUUUCUAGUAUUAAAGGCUUUGGCUUUGUAUCUGUUUUCCCAAAUAAGUUAGGAUUUAUUAAUGAAGUUAUGAUUUAGCGGUUAAAA